UCACACUCAUUACUCAAAAUCUCUCAUAUCUUUUGUUACUCAAAAUACUCUUUUUACAACAACACUAUGGCUUUGGAGGGGGAGUUCAUAUCAGCCAUUUCUGAACUCAUAUCUAUGGAGGACCCUUGGGAAGUGGAUAAUGGGGAUGCUAAUACUGAAAUCAUUGCACGCAUUGUUCAGAUAAGCUAUGUUAGUAGUGUAUUCUGUGAAUAUGCUAUGUUUGUAACGCAGCAGGAGUCGGAGCUCAUGUCACUCAUUACUCAAACCAUCUCUACCUACAACUCUAUGGAUUUGGAUUCGCAGCCGGAGCCACUAAGGAAGCUCAUAUCAUUCAUCACUAAGAAAGCAGAUCUCGACAACUACAUAGAUCCCUUGUUGGAGCAGGAUUUGGAGGUCUUGCCACUCUUUGGUGAAACAUUAAGUCUUGAGCCAGAACCUGAGCUCAUAUCACUCAUUCGUAAAAUAGUCUCCCUCGUCAUGACUAUGGAUCCAAAGUGGGAGAAGCUUAUGUCCUUAUGCCCUCAAGUAGCAGUAAGGUUGGAAAAAGGAAAACUACACGUUGAUGAAGAGUUCUCGUGGGGAACCAAUUACAAACUGUGUUGUUUCCCUUUGUUCUGGUUGAAGUUCAGGUCAACAGGAGAAGACGCUACCCAUUUUUUCUGCCGUGGUUGCAAUGGCAAGAACCAUGAUGAACAUAACAAGGCACCUGUUGAGAUCAAGCACCCUCUUCAUCCAAGACAUUCUCUUCAGCUUGCUUUGUUGCAAAAGUCUCAUGAAACGAGGCAAUGCUAUUGUUGUGAUGAAGGUCUCCAAGAGCUAUUUUAUUAUUGCUCAGCUUGCGACUAUGGUAUGAACAUAGCUUGUGUGGAGAAACCACCAGUCUUUUCUGUAGACCAUUCGAAGUGGCAUGAGCAUACUCUUGCUCUGUUUCCAAGACAGAGUCCCUUUGCUUGCAGCCUUUGUUCCUUGACACAUACAAGCUGUCCUUUCUAUAUAUGUCCCCCUUGUGACUUUGUGGCCCAUCAAAGGUGUAUCAGCUUACCACGUCUCAUAAGGAUAUCUCGCCAUCCCCAUCGUAUCUCUUUUACUCAAUCUUUUGGUCAAGGAGAUUGGUCUUGUUGUGUUUGUCGUAGAAAGAUCGACAAUGAUUACGGUGGUUACUCUUGCAUCAAGGAAGGUUGUUCAUAUGUUGCUCAUUCAAAGCUUCUCCUUCAUUGGACAGAAGAUAUAUGUUCUGUCCAACGAUCAUCAUAUGACUCGACCAUUUUGCUCUUAUUGCAAGAAGCGUUGUCCACACAAAAUAGUUUUGGAGUCGUCUGGUUCAGUAUUUGCUCCACUUCUUGUGUUGGUUAUUUUUUGUCUAAAACGGUGAACACAACUGGUCAUCGUGAGUUUCUACAGCGGAGGGGCUACGGGGAUUAUGAGUUCUCAGCAAUGAGGUAGAGAUUUGUGGAAUCUUGUUCGAAAGUUGUUGUUGUGUUUUCUGAUGUGUUUAACGUUGUUGUGUUACUAUCGGGUUCAGUCGGAUCAAUCCUUUUUUUUUAAGAAAAACUCAAAUGAUAAUGAGAAACAUGUACCGA